AGACAAGGGAGGGAAGAAGGUAAGAGAGUGCUUCGUUUAUACCGCUUGAUGGAGUGUAAUCUCACUGUUAUAUGAGGAGCGCCAUGACGGCGACCACUGAGGACUGGGCGGACAGUAUGGUGGCUGCGGCCGAGCCUCCCACGGUGGAGGUGAAGCUCUUCGGCAAGUGGAACCCUGACGAAAUUCACGUCAACGACAUCAGUUUGGCAGACUACAUAUUCGUGAAGGAGAAAGGAGCAAAGUUUGUGCCCCACACUGCCGGUCGCUAUGCCGUCAAACGUUUUAGAAAAGCCCAGUGUCCGAUUGUGGAGCGACUGACCAACUCGCUGAUGAUGCACGGCCGCAACAACGGAAAAAAGCUGAUGGCCGUGCGGAUUGUGAAACAUGCGUUUGAGAUACUCCACUUGCUGACAGGAGAGAACCCACUGCAAGUGUUGGUGGAUGCCAUAGCCAACAGUGGUCCAAGGGAGGACUCCACGCGUAUCGGACGAGCCGGAACUGUUCGCAGACAGGCUGUGGAUGUGUCGCCACUCAGACGAGUCAACCAGGCAAUCUGGUUGCUCUGCACAGGUGCUCGCGAGGCUGCCUUCAGGAACAUCAAAAGCAUAUCAGAGUGUCUUGCUGACGAACUAAUAAAUGCAGCAAAGGGAUCCUCAAACUCUUAUGCAAUCAAGAAGAAAGACGAGUUGGAGCGAGUGGCCAAGUCCAACCGUUGA